UGCUUAGUAGUGUACUGCUUUAUAUUGUAAAGAUAUUGACCAAAAUGUUACUGUACAUUAAAUGAACAAUGUAAACAACAUUCAAUUUAUGUUUAUUGUGUUUUGCACUCUAUCUCCUUUUUGAAAGUGAAUGAUCAGAAACUAGUAUUUUUUAAGCUUUUCUGGGUCAUACUCUAAAAAAUGUUAAUUUGUUUAUUAACAGGAACAAAAACAAAUCAAUUAUCAAAAUGGUUUUGACUACAAAAAAAUCUAAUUUAUGGAAUACUUGUUAAUUUAAGUAUUGAAAUAUUACUGGUGAUUUGGAAAUACCCCUACAACGAAUCUUUGGCGCUGUGUUGCGUUUGAGCAUAGCAUUAGGCCUUUGGGAAAAAUGUCAUAUCAACACUGGGGUAAAUGAAUUGCCAACCAUGGAAUAAAUUAUUUCCCCAUGGGCCAACCAUGGAGACAGCCAUGGAGGAAUUAGUUUUCCUCCCCAUGGGCCAAUUAUGUGUUCUGGUUGCCUUUGUUUCGUUUCGUUUAGGGCCUUUUUUUUUGUAGUCAAUUCAACAUCAGCCAAGCGUGUGGUCGCACAGCUACUGAUAAAAACCCAGCUUUGUUCUCACUCAGUGGCUGACAGAGUCCUUAUUAUGGAUAGGCAUACGUCGACCAUGCUGGUGUAAUAAUUUCGCUUCCUUGAGGAUUUUUAAAUGUAGUGCAACAUAAUUAUUCGCAAUGUUUUUACCCAUAGCGAAGAGGUGUAGGCCUUCAUUUAAAAAUUUCAUCGUACUUCUGGGGAUUCUGUGUAAUAUUCAACUUUUUGCUUGGUUGAUCUCUUAUGAAGCAGUGUUCAGAAAUCUACAUCUAAAAGCAUAUUUUGGAAGUAAAACUAAUGAAAGGAAAUUUCCCGUUAUUGACGAUCACAUGCCGCAACAUCAAAAUUGUAGUUGUCUGGUUCCAAAUAGUGAUGCAGAAAGUUGUUUUUUCGAAAACAGACUAGAGUGUGACUGCAUGCCAACGAUAAACUCCGUAUUCGCCGACUAUACAGAAAAUCGAGUAGUGUUCAUAGGAAUUACAUUCUUUGGUAAAAAAUGGAGUGCUGAAUCAUUUUUAUGUGAAUUCCCAAAUGGAGACAAAACGGUAACUGAUCCAAUUGUAAAGGACAGUCGGAGUUUUGGAAUCAUUCCUCAAUAUGCCCUAGUAAUAACGUGCCCAUUUCCAGCAGAUUUUUCGAAUUCAUCAGCAUUCUCUGAGCGGAGAUUCAAUAUUAACUUACGAAGGAAGAAAUUGCCGUCAGUCGCCUAUGCUAAAAUUCCAAUAUGCGCUUCUCACAAAAAAUUUGGGCUAACUGAGGAGAAAAAACACUCACUGAUAAUAUGUACAAUGACGAAGGAUAUGGAUGGUUUUUUCCCAAUGUGGUUGGAUUAUCACCGUCAUGUAGGAGUUGACCAUAUUUACAUAUACGAUAAUUCCAGAAGAGGGAGUUUACCGAAUUCAUUGAGUAGGUAUACAGCUGACGGGUUUGUAUCCAUCAUUCCAUGGGCGCAUGUAUAUACACCGUGGAAGAACUUUACAGAAGUCCAAAUACCUCAGGAAAAUGAUUGUAUAUGGAGAAAUAAACAUAAAUCAAAAUGGGUACUCUCGAUAGAUGUAGAUGAAUUUAUUCAGCCUAUGGAUCCAGAUAAGCCAUAUAUAAAGGACUACAUAAAGAAUUUUAAUUUCACAAAUAUUGGAUGCUUUAAAAUACAUAAUUGGUAUUUCGGAUCAAGGUUCUAUAAAUCAAAUUCAACCUCAGUAAUAGAACAUAACCGGUGGCGAAUUAAAUCACCAACACUUAUUAAUAUAGGGCACGAUAAGUGUAUUAUUCAACCUGAAAAUGUUCAUUAUUUCAAAACACAUCAAAUUAAAUUAGGUGGUGACACUCUAACACUUGACCCGUACAAGGAGCUCCGCCUUGUACACUACAGAGCGUCCAAUCCGAGGCAUAAAAGGGGGCCUAAAUACUUCCAACUAAAUUACAAUGUUAAAGAUUUAAGUAUGUUAAAGAUAUGGAAAAAAAUUCAUGGUUGCCAUAGACGUGAUAUCGAAUGUCAAGAGUUAUAAUAACUUAAUUUGCUAUAUAUGUGUUGGUUUGCCCAUUUAAUAGCGAGAUUUCGCAACCUUACGAAAAGGAUAACAGAUACGAAUAUGUCAUGAUCGUCAUUCGUGCCUUAAACAUCCUUGACAAUACGAGCUGAAUAUGAUGCUUGAUUCAUGCCAAAAGCAUCAAUUGCCUACGUUGUGACAAAUAGGCUAUACUGUAGAGAAAGGGUUGUUUAAAACUUUUAUGACGUAACCGUAUUCGUUAUCUUAAGGUUGCGAGAGCUCCGUAUUUUUAUAAUUGCUGUCAUCAUUUUAUUAAUGUAUUAGUGGACAAAGAGUAUAAUUACAAUAAUUAUUCUGAAUUUAUAUAGCGCCUCACGUUGUCAUAACCUCGAUAAUGAACAAUGAUGAUUGCUCAUAAUUUUUAUCUUAUUUUAUGAAUGAAUAGGCCUACACACACUGCUAACCCGUCCCGUAAUUGUUAUUAUUGUUUGUCGAUGUUAAAAGACAAUAAGACGUUGGUUUGGAGACUUGCUAAACUUGCCUAUAUUAACUUCCGGCCAGUAAAAACGCUUAAGCUAAUAUUGCCCACUUUCAAAAUAGAAUAAGUUAAUAUUGAUUGGUGGCUUUGCGAGUAAGUGUCCCUUUACGACAAUAGUUUACGUCUAAAUCAAAUUUUUAAAAAAACCUUAACUAUUCAUCACACAAACUAUAUUACCUGCUCCCAAACCGGAGUAUGGAGGAUACGCCCAAGCCGCAGAAUAAAGGUUAAGCAAUAUGAUUCAACAAUAUAUUUUAAUAUACACCAACUGUGUCGUAAUUAUUUAAAUAGGUGACUGUUUUGUAAGAGAUCUCAGUGUUUUGUCUUAUUUGUAUAAUGCGACCUUAUAUUCUAAAUUGUAUGGUGGAUGCUGUAAUACUGGCCACAGGGUUCAUACGGGUUUUGGAAAGUUAUGGAAACUGAUACGAGUGUUUUUCAGGACCUUGAAAGUCAUGGAAAAUAAAAUUGAUUAUGGAAAAGUUAUGGAAAUAUUCGAAAAUUAUGAAAUUAAAGUAAGUAGUGAAUAGUUAUACUGCUGCAUACCCAGAUAGGUAAUAUGUGCAAUUUAUUUUCUAUGAAAUGAGGUCUUGGUAAUGUAUUUUAUUUGAAUGGAAAAUUUAUGUAAAAGGUAUGGAAAUUGUUGUGACCCAAGGUGAAUGAACCCUGUGGCCAGUGAAAGUUGUUCAAGGUCGUCGUACAUACAGGCCGGGUCAUUUUUUGGUUUAAAAAAACUGUUGUAUAAAUGUUAGGCUUAUUUUAAUGAAUCUAAUUGUGAAAUAGUGAAAAAUACGCCGCGUUUAUAACUAAGUAUUAACUUAAAGAUGUACUUAUUGCAUGAGCUUUCAGUGGCAUCAGGUGUGUGAAGUAACAGCAACUAAGCUUAAAAAACUUUCAUUUUUAUUUUUAUUGCUAAGAAAUUACAAACACCUAGUUAUAUAUCGGCCUUACGUCUGCAUACAUUCUUGGAAGUUUUGGCGUUUUUAUAGUGUUAUGUUGUUUGUGAUCUAGUAUUUUAAUAUUGUACUGCAUUUUUUUUAUUGUCUUUUUCUUGUAUUCUAAAGAUUGAAAUGAAAUUUUGGCGUUUUUUAUUGCGUUUGGUGUUUUUAUCUUGCAUUGUAUUUUUGUACUGCAUAUUUUAUUUUAUUGUAUUUUUAUAUGAAGUAUUUUGAAUAUUGAAAUGUACUCAUGUUAUGUCCAUUUUAAUUGGACCAAAUAGAUUGAAUCUUGAAUCUCGGAAAUUUAUAUUUUGUUAGUGGUGCUGAUGAAGAGGAUGAUGUAUAUUAUAAUCUUAUGUAGGGCCUAAUUAAUAGAAUUGCAAAUAUAUUGUAGAUAGCUCUAAUUUUUUUCGACCUGAUUCAACAAUAAUUGUCAUCCAUAUAACUAUUUUCUUGAUGAUGUUAUUGUUGUAUUAAUCAGGUGUUAUGUGUAUUUUUAAUGUAACAAUCAUUAUGUGAAUAAUUAUAAUAGACAUUCAUAUUGUAUAGUAGUGUAUAUAUAAAUGAAUAACCUUUAACCUUUAGUCUUUACAGGCCUAGUGCUGUAAUUAUAAUUUUUAGGAGCAUCCUUUAAUUACGUACAAUGUCAUUAUCUCGUUUAGUGUUAAUGUGUGGCUGCCCCAUCUGCAUUUUGCAUGUAGUUAGAGCCUAUCAGUGUUAUAUUUUGUAAUUGAAUAAAACUCAAUUUCCAUCCA